AUGAAAGUUCUAGCGCUGGCUCAUUUACUGAGUCAAUCGGUGGCGAAUGCUAGAGAGCUUCUUGUUGUUACCGUAGCGACGGAAAAAACUGAUGGCUAUCUUCGCUGGGAAGAAUCUGUAAAAUACUCUGGUCUGAAAAGCAAAACAUUUGGACUCGGAGAAGACUGGCUUGGAGGAGACAUCGCAAAUGGCCCCGGUGGAGGACACAAGGUCAAUCUUCUCAAAAAAGAACUUGCCGAAUACGAAGGGAAUAAAGACUUGUACUUUCUUUUCACAGAUGCUUACGAUGUGAUCAUUACUGGAAAGGAAGAAGAGAUCUUUUCAAGAUUCGAUGAAAUCGCGGGAAAAGUUGAUUAUAAAACGAACGUGCUGAUUUCCGCGGAAGAUCUUAUUUGGCCGGAUCGUUCACUCGAGCCAAAGUACCCACUUGUUCUCGGGAAACGUUUCCUCUGCUCUGGCGCAAUUUUAGCGCGCGCGGAUAUCUUCCUCCAGCUCCUCGACUUUCGCUCCAUCGGUGACCGCGACGACGACCAGCUAUUUUACACCGAAGCCUACAUCGACAAAGAACUCAGAGAGAAAUACGGAAUCGCACUGGAUCACAAAGCCGAGUUAUUCUUCAAUCUCAACGGAGCUCUCGAAGAAGUUGGAAUCGAUUUCGCCCGAACUGCCGACGGUGACAAUCGAGUUGAGAACACAAAGUACCGGACAAAGCCCUUGGUUAUUCAUGGAAACGGACCGAGCAAAAAUGAGCUGAAUAGAAUUAAUGCUACUGAUACAAAUCGCGACAUCGUCCUUGCUUUCAUCAUCGAUGGAAUCACUCCUUUUGUGCACAAUGCUCUCAAAAGAAUUGCCUCGAUAGACUACCCAGCAGAAAAUACCCAUUUACUAAUUUACUCCAACACUGCUUGGGCCGAUGAACGCGUUGAAACCUUCCUAGAAGCUUUUGGGUCCUCUUACAAGUCAACAAAGUUUAUUUCUUCAAAAGAAAAUAUGAGCAGUAUUAUGGCGCGAAAAUUCGCUCUUCAGUUGACGGAAGACAAAUCGGCAGAGUUCGCGUUCUUUGUCGAUGGAUAUGUUCAAUUGACGAACGCCGCAGUUGUUGGAGAGCUGAUGAAGACUGGACUUGAAUUGGUUGCUCCAGGGAUGAGUAGAUAUGGCAAGCUUUGGUCGAAUUACUGGGGUGCAGUUGCUUCUGAUGGUUAUUAUUCAAGGAGCGAUGAUUAUCUAGACAUUGUUCAAGGCACACGCGUCGGAAUCUGGAACAUGCCAUUUGUAAACGGAGCCUACCUCAUGCACAAAAAUCUUGCUCUUGACUUGCUUGACAUGUUUGCUGGACUCGCUCAAUCACCGUGGCGAGGGAAUUUCAAGGACCCGGAUUUGGACUUUUCUGCGAAUCUUCGAACUCUUGGCAUUUUCAUGCAUGUAUCGAAUCAAGCUUACUGGGGUCGUCUUGUUGACAAGGAGCACCUUCCUGUUGAUAGACUUCAUCCUGAGCUCUGGCAACCUGAAUGGAACAGGCCAGAUUGGGAAGAAGACUAUCUCGAUUCUGAUUACUGGAGAGUUCUUGAACCAGAAACGGAAAUGGAAGAACCUUGCCCUGAUGUUGUUGCUUUCCCAUUUUUGACCUCGAAGGGCGGCUUUGAUAUGAUUGAAGAAAUGGAACACUACGGAAAGUGGUCUGGUGGCAACGAUGCUCACAAAGACGACCGCUUGUCUGGAGGAUACGAAAAUGUUCCAACAGUUGAUAUUCACAUGAAUCAAAUCGGUCUUCAUGACGAGUGGCUUUACGUUGUCAAGACUUACGCUGCUCCGAUGGUUUCCAAGUUUUACACUGGCUACUCUCCCGACAAUAAGCCCAACCUCAUGUUCGUCGUCCGCUACAAACCGGGCGAGCAAGAUCGACUUCGACCUCACCAUGAUUCUUCAACUUGGACAUUUCAAAUCGCCCUCAAUAGACCAAAUGUGGACUUUGAAGGCGGAGACAAAAUUACCCAUUGGAGUCUGGUGUCGAAGCAAUUCGAAGAGGCUACAACUGAUGUCAAAAAACUCAAAGAAGAGCUCAAAAAGCUCAAGGAGGAGGUCAAAAAAGCGACCGCAGAUCAGAACAGCAUGAAAGACGAGCUCGCAACCGCCUGUGAUGCGAUUGGAGUUGCAGUUCCAAGCGAGCGUUCCUCUUGCAAGGUUUGCCUCGAGACCUACAACGGCAAGGAUCACCAGGAAUGCACCCUUCAGUGUGGUCAUCGAUCCUGCUUCAAGUGCUUGGCUGGCCUUUUUCAAAAGUUCUGCCCAGUCUGUCGAGCAGCCUUCAAGGAUGAUCAGAUCAUCAAGCUCUACCAGAAUUAG